GGGGGCUCCUGAGGGGCCGAGCAUCCCCGUCCUCGGCCGGCCGCCUCCAGCUCCCCGCCUCCCCUCCGCCGGCUCCUCGCGCCCGGCCGCCCAGCCCCGCCGCGACCCCCGGCCGCCUGCGGAGCCCGACGCGGGGGUGUCUCAGUCAAGAACCUAAAAGGGUAGAGGAAAAAUUAAUUUUCCUCCCCUGUGCUCUUAAGUUGAAACAAUACUGAAAACAUUUUGUCACCAGAGCAGGGCAUAUACUUCUCUUGUCUUGGUUGGAUGCACCAGUCUGUGUGCAGUGCUUUUUUGCCCGUUGCCUAGACGAUCACUUGGUUUCUCUGAGGAUGUCUGGUUCUCGUAAAGAGUUUGAUGUGAAGCAGAUUUUGAAAAUCAGAUGGAGGUGGUUUGGCCACCAAGCAUCAUCUCCUAAUUCUACGGUUGACAGCCAGCAGGGAGAAUUUUGGAAUCGAGGACAGACUGGAGCAAACGGUGGGAGAAAGUUUUUAGACCCAUGUAGCCUACAAUUACCUUUGGCUUCAAUUGGUUACCGAAGGUCCAGCCAACUGGAUUUUCAGAAUUCACCUUCUUGGCCAAUGGCAUCCACCUCUGAAGUCCCUGCACUAGAGUUUACAGCGGAAGAUUGUGGCGGUGCACACUGGCUGGAUAGACCAGAAGUGGAUGAUGGCACUAGUGAAGAAGAAAAUGAAUCUGAUUCCAGUUCAUGCAGGACUUCUAACAGCAGUCAGACAUUAUCCUGCCAUACUAUGGAGCCAUGCUCAUCAGAUGAAUUUUUUCAAGCCCUUAAUCAUGCUGAGCAGACAUUUAAAAAGAUGGAAAACUAUUUGAGACAUAAACAGUUAUGUGAUGUAAUUCUAGUUGCUGGUGAUCGAAGAAUUCCAGCUCAUAGAUUGGUGCUUUCCUCCGUCUCAGAUUAUUUUGCUGCCAUGUUUACUAAUGAUGUCAGGGAAGCAAGACAAGAAGAAAUUAAAAUGGAAGGUGUAGAACCAAAUUCACUAUGGUCACUGAUUCAAUAUGCAUACACAGGUCGCCUUGAAUUAAAAGAAGAUAAUAUUGAGUGCCUGUUAUCUACAGCUUGCCUUCUUCAGCUCUCACAGGUUGUGGAAGCAUGCUGUAAGUUUUUAAUGAAACAGCUUCAUCCAUCCAACUGUCUUGGAAUCCGUUCAUUUGCUGAUGCCCAAGGUUGUACAGAUUUGCAUAAAGUGGCUCACAAUUAUACUAUGGAACAUUUCAUGGAAGUCAUCCGAAACCAGGAAUUUGUAUUAUUACCAGCCAGCGAAAUUGCAAAGCUCUUGGCCAGCGAUGACAUGAACAUUCCUAAUGAGGAGACGAUAUUAAAUGCACUUCUUACUUGGGUUCGUCAUGAUUUGGAACAGAGACGUAAAGAUCUCAGUAAACUUUUGGCUUAUAUUAGGCUACCUCUUCUUGCACCACAGUUCCUGGCAGACAUGGAAAACAAUGUACUUUUUCGGGAUGAUAUAGAAUGUCAGAAACUUAUCAUGGAAGCAAUGAAGUAUCAUUUAUUGCCAGAGAGGAGACCCAUGUUACAAAGUCCAAGGACAAAACCUAGGAAGUCAACUGUUGGUACAUUAUUUGCAGUUGGAGGGAUGGAUUCAACAAAAGGAGCAACAAGCAUUGAGAAGUAUGAUCUCCGUACAAAUAUGUGGACGCCAGUAGCCAAUAUGAAUGGUAGAAGGCUCCAGUUUGGUGUUGCAGUGUUAGAUGACAAACUGUAUGUGGUUGGAGGAAGAGAUGGAUUGAAGACUCUGAAUACUGUAGAAUGCUACAACCCCAAAACAAAAACUUGGAAUGUGAUGCCUCCUAUGUCCACACAUAGGCAUGGUCUCGGUGUGGCUGUAUUGGAAGGUCCUAUGUAUGCAGUAGGAGGGCAUGAUGGCUGGAGUUAUCUGAAUACAGUGGAGAGAUGGGACCCUCAGGCUCGACAGUGGAAUUUUGUUGCCGCUAUGUCCACCCCCAGGAGUACUGUAGGUGUGGCAGUACUAAGUGGAAAACUGUAUGCAGUUGGUGGUCGUGAUGGAAGUUCUUGUCUCAAAUCCGUAGAAUGCUUUGAUCCUCAUACUAACAAGUGGACACUCUGUGCACAAAUGUCAAAAAGAAGAGGUGGAGUAGGAGUGACUGCCUGGAAUGGAUUGCUGUAUGCUAUUGGAGGACAUGAUGCUCCUGCAUCCAACUUGACCUCCAGACUCUCAGAUUGUGUGGAGAGAUAUGACCCUAAAACAGAUAUGUGGACUGCAGUGGCAUCUAUGAGCAUCAGCAGAGAUGCAGUGGGGGUCUGUUUACUUGGCGAUAAAUUAUAUGCUGUUGGAGGAUAUGAUGGACAGACUUACCUUAAUACAGUGGAAGCUUAUGAUCCCCAGACAAAUGAGUGGACCCAGGUUGCUCCACUGUGCCUAGGAAGAGCUGGGGCUUGUGUUGUGACUGUAAAAUUAUAAUUUAGUGCUUUGUUUUCUAAAUGAAGAUAUUUCCUUCCUUUAUGAGUUUAGCACAGUUAUUCUACCAAUGGCUACAUUUUUAGUAAAUUUGCAAUGUAACAUUCCUAGGCACAAAGUGCCCAUUCUCAAAGAGAAGAUAUUAAACAUAAGGAAGAAAAGAAUGGGUGAAGCAAGAUUAAAUACUUUCAUCAUAAAGCAAAAGCUAGUGUGCUCCUGAGAUAAAAUAUGGGGGAAAUGCACUUCUAAACACCACCCAGUGUUAAAUGGAGAUUUUAUUUAUUAAUAAUCAAAUGCACAUUUUACUUACAUUAUCCAGAUUCCUUUUAUUACAGUUAAAAUAUGCCAGAUGAAACUUUUAUUUGGGGGGAACCAGAGAUCAAACCCAGGGUCUCAUAUGUGAGAAUCAUGUACUCAACCACUGAGCUACAUCCCCAGCCCCCAGGGGGAGGGAAAAAAACACUUUAACAUUUUGCUUUAUAACUUUAUCAUAUAUGAACUAUAGUAAUUUUUAUCCUUUUUUAAAAACCACAACUUCUACUUUAAUGACACACUAAAUAAAAACUGCUAUCUAGUUUAUUUUCUCAGAGAUAGCUGGAGUAUAUGUGCUUUGGUUAUGAAUUUUAUUUCUAAAAUGGUUCACUCCAGUGAGUAAAGAAAAAAACUAAACUGGUUAAAACAACAGUGACCAAAUAAAACUUGAUAUGACGCUUGGGGUCUCUUUAAAUCUUGAUCCCAUCUAGAUUCAUCAAGAACCAUACGUUACCAUAUUUUGAAAGUGAAACAUACAUGUUUUGUAUUACCUUUAAAAUAAAUUUUAUGUAGGGAAAAUAAACAUUACAUGCCCUGUAUGUUCUUUCACCUGACUAAUGUUUAAUUAUGUGGAUCUGUUUUAUAAAAAAAAAAAUGUUUUGAUUUUGUCUUUUGAUAUUGACAAAAAUAUUUGGAUAUUCUUAUGUGUCUGUAUUUACAUUCCCUGUCUCAUUUCUUCUGUCUUCCUGCAGUUUAGUGAUCCUUUAUGCUUCUUUGUAAUCAAACAGUUUGGGGAAAAUGGGCUUAUUGAAUGUUUGAAAAAUAAGUUUAAAGUGUUUACUACCCAAAGUUUUGUACAUUUGUAAACUCUAAUUACAUAUGUGAAUGUUAAUACUCUA